GCGCAAGAUGUGUGUGGCGCGGCGCCGUGCUGCCCUGGCGACGCUGCUCCUGGCCGUGCUGGCGUCUACCUGCUCCGCCGAAGCCGGCUACAGCACGGUGUACGCCUGCGAGGGCUCGACGCUGAAGCUGGAGUGUGGCGACGACGAGCUCAUCAACCUGAUCCGAGCCAACUUCGGCCGCUUCUCCAUCACCAUCUGCAACGAGAAGGGCAACACCGACUGGAGCGUCAACUGCAUGUCGCCGCGCUCCCUGCGCGUGCUGGAGCAGAGCGUCAUGGCCGGCGUUGCGGCAGUUGGCAAUAAGUGUUCUGUUGACGUCACCGCCGAGAAGUUCGGAGACUCGUGUCCUGGAACGUUUAAGUACAUUGAAGUCCACUACAGCUGUGUAUCAGCCGCCUCCACGACGACGACGAAGCGGCCGCACCCGCCGUGGUACUCGUCUUAUCCGGACCCGAACCUGUGGCUGACGAGCGGCACGACCACCUCCCGCCGGCCGCCGGCCACCACGACCACGCGCCGGCCGCGGCUGCCCGGCCUGCCGCCGGCCGCCUCCAACGACGGCGUGCAGGUGAUCAUCCCGGGCGUGACGGGCCGCCGCCAGCAGGGCGGCAGGGUGGAGAAGGUCGACGAGUGCAAGUCGAUCCUGAUGGCGGCGCUGGAGGAGCGCUUGCUGAGCGGCGAGCACACGCUGCGCGUGGCCGCCGAGCUGGCGCAGGUCACCGACCGCUCCGACGGCCUGUUCGGCGGCGACGUGCGCACGGCGGCGCGCCUGGUGAACCACCUGGCGUCGCGACAGGCGCAGCAGCUGAUCGCCGUGCCGGCCGUGGAGCGGCGCGAGGCGAUCGUCACCGAGCUCACCGAGGACGUGGUGCGCGCCGCCAGCAACGUGCUGGACGCCGGCCAGCUGGCGGCCUGGCGGGACCUGGGGCCGGAGGAGCGGCGCCGCGCCGCCACCUCGCUGCUCAUCGGGCUUGAGCAGAACGCCUUUCUGCUCAGCGACAACGUACUGCCCGACCGCACCAUCCUCGAGAUCGACCGGAACCUGCUAAUGACCGUGCACAACAAGAAAGUGGAGAGCAUGACCGACCUGCACUUCCCGUCUGACGUGGCGCUGGACCAGUGGGACAUCGCCGGCAACUCGAUGCACCUGAGCAAGGCGUCGCUGCUGGAGAACAGCCGGCGCGGCACCGUGAAGGUGGUGUUCCUGGCCUACAGCGGGCUGGAGUCGGUGCUGGAGCCGCUCAGCUGGUCAGAGCGGCGGCACGAGGCGGCGCUCUACCCGGCGGCCAACCGCACUCGCAUCGUCAACAGCCUGGUGCUGUCGGCGUCGCUGGGCGAGGGCCGCCAUAUCCAGCUGUCGCAGCCGGUGCACAUGACCUUCCGCCACCUGACCACCGAGAACGUCACCAACCCGAGCUGCUCCUUCUGGGACUACACGGUCAACAUGUGGUCGGAGGAGGGCUGCCGCGUCACCUUCACCAACCGCACGCACACCAUGUGCGAGUGCGACCACCUGACCAGCUUCGCCGUGCUCAUGGACGUGUUCGCGGCGCCGCUGACGCAGGACGACCAGGCGCUGCGGAUCGUGGUGUACGUCGGCUGCGCCGUGGCCCUGCUCUGCCUCUGCGCCACGCUGCUGGCACUCAUCCUGCUGCGGGGUCUGCAGUCGGACCGCACCUCCAUCCACAAGAACCUGAUCGUGUGCCUGCUGAUGGUGGAGCUGAGCUUCCUGGUGGGCCUGCACCAGACCGGCAGCCCGGUGGUCUGCGGCGUGCUGGCCGGCCUCAUGCACUUCUUCUUGAUGGCCGCCUUCUUCUGGCUCUUCUUCGAGGCGUUCCAGCUGUACGUGACGCUGACGGUGUUUGAGGGCGAGCGGUCGCGGCUCAAGUGGUACUACGUGGCCGCCUACGGCAUCCCGCUGCUGAUCGUGGCCGUCUCCUGCGUGGUCGACCCCAUCAGCUACGGCACGGAGUCGCACUGCUGGCUGCGCACGGACAACUACUUCGUCUUCAGCUUCGCCGGCCCGGCCAUCAUCCUGAUCCUGCUGACCGCCAUCUUCCUGGGGCUGGCCGUGUUCGUGAUGCUGCAGCACAGCAGCGCCGCUAUCACCAUCAAGACCAAGGAGCAGUCGCGGCUCUCUUACAUCCGCGCCUGGCUGCGCGCCGCGCUUCUGCUGCUGCUGCUGCUCGUGCUCACCUGGACGUUCGGCCUGGUGUUCCUGGACCAGCGCACCGUUGUCAUGGCCUACCUCUUCACCGUGGCCAACGCGCUGCUCGGACUCUUCAUCUUCGCCUUGCACUGUGUCCAGAACGAGAAGGUAAGGAAGGAGCUGGACAGCCACGGCCUGCUACCCGUCUGCCUGAAGAGUUCCAAGACGCUGGGCCGCGACCACGCCGAGGCGCUCUCCACCAGCAACGGCACCAUCAACACCGUGCUCAACCUGGCCACGCAGAACAAUAUCCCGCGCCUGUGGUCGCCGCACGCGCCGACCAACCCCAAGUCGGCCACGCUGAACUCGCUGAACCCGGCUCACACGCCGGCCGGUAGCCUGCGGCGCGGCACCAUGCGCAGCUCUAUGCCGGCCAAGCUGCGCACGAGUCUUGGCGGCGAGGUGCUGGCCGCCGAGAAGAGCGGCGCCUACAACAUGCAGAGUCACGACUCAGGCCACGGCACCGGCUCCGAGAACGAGUCGCCGCAUCUGACGCUCAACAACGUGCGCUACCUGGCGUCGGCACCGAGCCUGGAGCGGCCGGCCGCCGUGCUGGUGCCCGUGCAGCCGGGUGAGCUGGGGCCGCGCGUCAACCCCGAGUUCUUCGCCGUGUACCAGCAGCAGGUGCGACGCGGCGGGCGCGGGGGCCGCUCCCACUCGCCCUACCACACCUACAUGGAGGUGGACGGCGACCCGGUGUACGAGGAGAUCGAGCGCCACGAGCCGCGCCACGAGCUGCUCGUCUCGGACGUCAGCGACGAGGACCGCAAGCAGUCGGACAUGAGCCGACAGAGCUCGCGCAACUACAGUGAUAACCGGCCGCUGAUUCCGUACGGCGCCGAGCGGGCGGUGCGCGCCGGCGGCGGCCAGGCGCGCGCGCUCGCCGCUAGUCAGGCGGGCCUGCGGGACUUUGACCAGGCGCAGAUGUACCACGACCUGCGCCGGCUGCGCGGCUACGGCGAGAACGUGGCGAUGGCCGUGCUCAGCGGCGACCAGGUGGUGUGCACGCUGCAGCCGCCCCACCUGGCGGCCAUCAGAGAGGGCGCCACCCUGCCCGUGGACCGGGCGCGCCCCAGUCAUUCCAGGCUUGCAGAGUGCUAG